AUGUGUCUCUGCCGAUACAAAUGGGCGAAGUCGGAAAUUUUCAUCAGAGAGCUCUAUGCAAAAUUUCAAGAAAGAGGAGUGAAACCUGACGUGAUUCAAUUCGCGGAAGAGGUGAUUUUGCCGGCGGAAGUUUUGGAAAAUGGCGACUUGUUGCUUGAACCGCCGAUGAGUUUUGCUGGUCUGGCGUCGGAUAUUCGACCAUUUUUGGAAGAAACGGCUGACUACGAUGCUACAAUAUUGCUCCACGAUGCUGUAACAUCCGUUUCUGUCGAUGAUUACAUCCGAGCAGUUGACUUGAUCGGCGAGGAAGCUACAAUUUACCCAGUUGCGAUCGGAGAACUCAGUCGGCCACGGACAUCGUACUCCCCAAAUGUUGAGAAAUUGAGCAUCCUUGCUGAUACUCAACUCUCCGAGGCAAAAGUCUUCGAUUUGAAUAGAUACGGCGAGGCAGACAAACUGAUCGAGAUUAUUCUGCAAUAA